AUGGCAGACCAUCCCUCACGACCUGGAGGCGGGAGCAGGCACUUGGACGCUUCGGGCCCACGAGAAGUAGUGUACUGCCAUCAGUGCGACCAUGAGUGGUAUCAAGACGAGAGCGGCUUAGUCUGCCCAAAUUGUCAGGGCGAGAUUACUGAGAUCAUCACAGUUGAGAGUGAUCCUCGACCAGGUAGACCAGGACCAGCCAACGACGACCCUCCCACUCCACCUGGCUUCCGAUCUCUCCAUAGCCUUCGCAACCACAAUCCGUGGGGAGGGGAAGAAUUCUCAGAUCCCGAGGAAGCAGACAUUGAGGAACAUAUUACACAAGGACCAGGAGGCUCUGUGCUGAUUUCCCGGACCGUCAGGACGACUAACCCACGUGGAUUUGGUGGUAGUCGACGACGGAGAGAUCCUAAUCCUCAAGAAGAUCCCGACAAUGUCAUGCGAGAUUUCCAGAAUAUGAUUGGAACCUUGAUGGGACCUGGAUUUCGACCUGGCCAGCCUGGUAGAUCAGGUCCCGAUACAUUGUUCACGCAAGGACCUUAUGGGACUGGAUUCAGACUAGGAGGUAGUAAUGGAGGACCACAAGUUGUCGGAGGACGAUUUACUUUUACUACCACAUCUGGUGGACGCCUCCGGCCAAGAGAUGCGAAUGGACCUCAACCUGGAGGACCACCAGUUGAUGAUCUAGCUACGUACGACCCCCCUUCCACUCCAAAUCCCCCUAAUGGCCGUUCCCUAUUUGUGAUUAACACUAGAGCACCUCCUGACGAACUUGUUAGGAUUAUUGGAAGCAUACUUGGUCCCAUGGGUGCACCUGGCCACCAUGCCGAAGGUCCUCCUGGGAUGCCAGCCUCUUUCCAGGCGCUCUUCUCAGCAAUGCUCAACCCUGCAAAUGCACGUACUGGAGAUGCUGUCUAUACGCAAGAAGCUUUGGACCAGAUCAUCUCCACGUUGAUGGAACAGCACCCCACUUCAAACGCACCCGGCCCAGCAUCUCCAGAUGCCAUUGCAGCACUCCCGAAGAAGAAGUUGGAUGAGAAAUUACUCGGGCCCGAAGGAAAGGGAGAGUGCAGUGUAUGUAUGGACGACGUACACAUUGGUGACGAAGUGGUUCUCUUACCAUGCAACCACUGGUUUCACGAGACCUGCGCCGGGGCAUGGUUGAGCGAGCACAAUACCUGCCCAAUUUGCAGGAAAGGAAUUGACGGCGGCGACGCUGGGCCAUCAAGCAGCAGGAGAUCAAGCCAGAGCACGCCUUCUUCUCGAAACGAGUACAGAGCUCGACGAUUGAGCUCGACCAGAAUGCCUCUUCGUCGCAGCGAUCCAGUUGAUUCAACGAGGAAUCAGGCGAGAUUAGAUGCUAUUCGCGGUCUCGGAAGAGUCACACCACCAGAAGAUGGAACCCCAGGAGACACGAGACGAUGGCAACCAGGCGGAGCAAGCCGUGAACCCCAAGAGAGUGAUGACUAUGCAACACGCAUGCCUGGUUCCUUCUCGAAUUCCUACCGCCGACCCUCGGAGGCCAGCGAGACGCAUAGGAGAGGCAACACAAGUGGCAGUGACCGUUCUCGAGAAUCGGAACGAGAACGACGACGAAGUUCCCAUUCCGGAGGAGGAGGUAGUAGUGGCGGUGGAGGAGGCCCUGUGUCCUGGUUUCGAGACCACUUCGGAAGUUCGCACAGAAGAAAUGACUAG